GGUUGUUCUAUACGUGCAGUCUCACUCUUUUUCUAUUUUGCUUUUCUUUGCUUUUUUUUUUUUCCUUGUGUCUAUUCCCCCUCUUCCCUUUCCACUCCGAAACCCCAUUUUCACCAAUCUUUUUCCUUCUUUGACACACUUCUUCCACAAUGUCUGGCCGCAAGCGAACCACGUCGACGUCGUCUGGCGGCGCAAUGGACACGUCGUCUUUGGCUCCCACCGGCAGCAAGAGCUCAAGCAAGCCACGUGCGGGCGCCAGUGCGGCUGCAACCACCCAGGCCUCAAUGUCGCCUGCACACCUGGGCUCGGUGGAGGACCGCCGCGACGCCGGAAAGCGCGCCAUGCAGGAGAUUCGCUCGCGGGUGGUGCUCGAAGCGGACCGCGUGGAAAACGCAGCCUCGAUUGACUUCCCAGCCAACUUUCCCGAGGAGGCCGCCGAGCUCGCCUGGGACUUUGGCAAGUUUGCAGCGGGCUUUCGCAUUGAGCGCAUCGAGACGGAUCCGGACGAUCCCAUGGCCGUCACGUUCGACAUGGUGGGCGUCGAUGCGGCCAUUGCUAAUGCCUUCCGCCGUAUUCUGAUCGCCGAGGUCCCCACCAUGGCCAUCGAGACUGUCUUCUUCACAAACAACACUAGCAUCAUCCACGACGAGGCCCUUGCUCACCGGCUUGGUCUUGUGCCAAUCCGCGCCGAUCCCCGAUACUUUGAGACGCGCGACACACCCGACACUCAAGCCACCGACCGCAACACCCUGGUCUUUACCCUUGAUGUCAAGUGCACAAAGAACCCGCACGCAUCUCCUAACGCUACCGACGACACGGAAAAGUACAUCAACUCUCGAGUCUUGUCGUCGGAUAUUGUCUGGGUGCCAAAGGGCGAUCAAGAAGCACAGUUCCAAGACGCUCCGAUCGCCCCCGUGCACGACGAUAUUCUUAUUGCCAAGCUCCGCCCUGGUCAGGCUGUCGCCUGCGAGAUGCACUGCAUCAAGAGCAUUGGUCGAGACCACGCAAAGUUCUCGCCGGUCGGCACUGCCUCGUAUCGUCUGUUGCCUGAAAUUAUCUUGACACGACCAGUCACUGGCGACGAUGCCUACUUGUUGCAAAAGUGCUUCUCGCCAGGCACCAUUGGCGUCCGCAACGAGAAUGGCGUGCCCACUGCCUAUGUUAUUGAUGCGCGUCGAGACACGUGCAGCCGCGAGAUUUUCCGUCACGAACGUCUUGCCUCUGCUGUCAAGAUGCGACGAGUUCGCGACCACUUUUUGUUCUCCAUUGAAUCGACGGGCGCUCUGCCACCGGGUGAUCUCUUGUUUGAAUCCGUGCUCAAGCUCAAGUCCAAGUGCGAGCUCAUUCUUGCACACUUGAACAAUGCCACGUCGUCUGUGGACACGACCGCAUAAAACUCGAGGUGUUGUUGUUUGCGUUUUCCUUUUGUGCCUGUUGAACCCCUUUUGUUUCCUUUUCCCUUGUAUGGCGUGUAUUGUGUGUCGUGUUGGCCCAAUCCCACGUUGACAUUUUUACGUGUUAUGUUCGACUUUCUCAGCGCCGUUUCCAUCGUUUUGGGAAUUUUUUUUUUUGCGAUUCGCCUGCCACCAGAUGUGCCUGCGAUGUCCCUUCCUCUGUUUCGAUUGCACCCAGCACUUUGGUCUUUUUGCUUCAAAGUGGGGAGUGAAUGUAGAAUUUCAUCCUUUUUC